AAUCGUAUGCAGCGCGGCCAGGUCUUAAGUCGGCGACCACGGUGCAGCAGAUAAUAAAACGUUAGGCGCGCAAAUUCUUGCUCAGUUGUAUAGGGAGAAAAAAGGAAAAAGGAAAAAAAGCCCUAGAAGAUCCAAGCAAACGCCCAAAAGGUCGGACUAGGGUUUAUUAUUCGACGCCAGUUGAUGGUAAUUUAGGGUUUCGGUUUAAUUUUGCAUAAUUGAAUCGAAUCGGGCGCAUGUCGAAGCGAAAAUUCGGAUUCGAAGGUUUCGGGAUAAAUCGGCCGGCGACCUACAACUUCGAGCGGUCCCAAGCUCCGCAGCGCCUCUACGUGCCUCCGUCGUCUCGCUCCGGGGGCCAUGACAACUACGAGGAUCAUGACCUCGACAAUAUCGACUACGAUGACAAGGAUGAGCACGGGGAGGUGGCUGGAGGCGGUGGUGAGGUGGAUGAUGGUGAGAUAGACCCACUUGACGCUUUCAUGAAGGGAAUCCACGAGGAAAUGAGAGCUCCGCCGCCGCCGAAGGUGGUGGAGAAGGCGGAGAAAUACGUGGAUGAUGAUGAGGAUGAUCCGAUGGAAAGUUUCUUGAGGGCGAAGAAGGAUACGGGGUUGGCGUUGGCUGCGGAUGUGAUGCAUGCCGGGUAUGAUUCAGACGAGGAGGUUUACGCGGCUGCUAAGGCUGUUGAUGCGGGGUUGAUAGAGUAUGAUUCAGAUGAUAAUCCGAUUGUUUUGGAUAAGAAGAAGAUUGAGCCGAUACCGGCUUUGGAUCAUAGUUCGAUUGAGUAUGAGCCCUUCAAUAAGGACUUCUACGAGGAGAAAGAUUCGAUUUCAGGAAUGACUGAGCAGGAUGUCACUGAAUACAGGAAGAGCUUGUCGAUUCGUGUUUCAGGUUUUGAUGUGCCAAGACCAAUUAAGACGUUUGAAGACUCUGGUUUCUCUCCGCAAUUAAUGAAUGCUAUCACGAAACAAGGGUAUGAAAAACCUACACCAAUACAGUGCCAAGCUUUUCCAAUUGUGCUUUCUGGAAGAGAUAUUAUUGGGAUAGCAAAAACUGGGUCUGGAAAAACUGCAGCUUUCGUGCUGCCAAUGAUUGUCCAUAUUAUGGAUCAGCCUGAACUGGCCAAAGAAGAAGGUCCUAUUGGAGUGAUAUGUGCUCCAACUAGGGAAUUAGCUCAUCAAAUAUAUUUGGAGUCGAAGAAGUUUGCUAAACCAUAUGGAAUUCGUGUAUCUGCCAUCUAUGGUGGGAUGUCCAAACUUGAACAGUUCAAAGAACUCAAAUCAGGAUGUGAGAUUGUAAUUGCUACUCCUGGGAGAUUGAUAGACAUGAUAAAAAUGAAGGCCCUGACAAUGUUAAGAGCAACUUACCUAGUUCUUGAUGAGGCUGAUAGGAUGUUUGACCUUGGAUUUGAGCCACAAAUAAGGUCUAUCGUUGGUCAGAUUCGGCCAGACCGUCAGACUUUACUCUUUUCAGCGACAAUGCCCCGCAAAGUUGAAAAGUUAGCAAGAGAGAUUCUUACUGAUCCUGUAAGAGUUACCGUUGGGGAGGUGGGAAUGGCCAAUGAAGAUAUCACACAAGUUGUUCAAGUGAUUCCUUCUGAUGCUGAUAAGUUGCCCUGGCUUCUUGAUAAGCUACCUGGAAUGAUUGAUGAUGGAGAUGUUCUAGUUUUUGCUUCAAAGAAAGCCACAGUAGACGAAAUUGAAUCACAAUUGGGCCAAAAGGGGUUUAAAAUUGCAGCUCUCCAUGGUGACAAAGACCAGGCUUCUCGGAUGGACAUUCUCCAAAAAUUUAAAUCUGGCAUCUAUCAUGUUCUUAUUGCAACUGAUGUGGCUGCUCGUGGUCUAGACAUCAAGUCAAUCAAAUCAGUGGUAAACUUUGAUAUUGCUAGAGACAUGGAUGCUCAUGUUCAUCGUAUUGGUAGAACUGGUCGUGCUGGUGAUAAAGAUGGGACUGCAUACACUCUGAUUACACACAAGGAGGCCCGGUUUGCUGGAGAAUUGGUUGGAAGUCUGAUUGCAGCCGGACAGAAUGUGCCCAUGGAACUAAUGGAUCUUGCUAUGAAGGAUGGGAGAUUCAGGUCCAAACGUGAUGCCAGAAAAGGAGGUGGGAAAAAGUCAAAAGGAAAGGGAGGCAAUGGUCGAGGUGUUCGUGGUGUGGAUUUCGGUUUGGGCAUCGGAUAUAACCCUGAGUCCAAUAACCCUUCAUCUCAAACUGUUCCAAGUCGAGCUGCUGCAGUUAAUUCUUUAAGAACGGGAAUGAUGGCACAAUUUAAAAGCAAUUUUGUUGCUGCUACAUCUGGUUCCCAAAAUCAGGGCUCCAAUAACAGUCCAAGUACUUAUGCCAACAAGAGACCAGUUUUGCAGGGUUUUGUUUCUGGUGGUUCAAUAGGUGGAGAUAUGAAUAGAGCUCAAACAACCAGUUCAUUCAGCCCUGCUCCAACGUCAGCGGGAAAAACCAGUGGUCAGAACUCUGGAGAAAAUGCCAGCCACAGAAACUCGGAAAACUCUAGAGAUAGAUCCAGAGAAAGGCGGAGGCCUUCCGGUUGGGAUCGGUGAUGUAUAAGGUGAAAGACCACCACCAUUGCAUCUGAAUAAAAAACUUGGAUGUUCUAGGUGGUCCACUCUUGUGGUGAUGCUGUCUGUAUCAGUAUGAUGUUAAAUUUUUAGUUUUUAUAGAAGUUGCUACAAAAUAAUUUUUCAUCAUAUUAAUCAAUCUUGAUCCUUGUUAAGUUGUUUAUUUGA